GCCUCUCAAUAGCGUCAAGGAACCUCUCUUGAGAGACCUAGAGUCUUUGUAUUUUUUUAUUUGGUGUCGUACAAGUACUCGUAAAACCUGCGCCUCCUGAGUUAUUCAUUUUAAUAUAAAUCGAGGAAAUAAAUUAAUUAGUACAACAAUUAAACUGCGUGUCACAAAAUAGUGAAGGGUUCCACAUUUUUUCAAGGACCCUCAGUGGAAAUAAGUCACUUUGACUUCAUUGGGUUAUCCUAGGUAACUCCCACUAUGUGUGAUCAUUUUACUUAUAUAUAUCUGCUCGUAAAUCAAUUACUUCCCAAAUUUUAAAGUGAGUAGAGCAGUAAGUGGGAGAUGAUACCUUGGUAGAGGUGUGUGUGCGCGUAGGUUACUGCAGCUACAUAAUGGCUGAUGAAGCUUUAAUGUCAGCUUCUUUGUCCAGGUCACAGUCCUUCCACACCUUCAACACACCUCAGACUGCUGCUAACAAGUACGGCAAUAAUUUAGAAUGCCGAGUGUGUGAGGAUGGGUUUAGUCUGGGAGGAGAUAAAGUGCCCCGCCUUUUGUUUUGUGGCCACACACUAUGCCAUGCCUGCCUUCUUCGGCUACCUACACAUGACAACAAUAUUCAUUGCCCAUUUGAUAGGCAACCCACUCCAAUAGGUGUGUCAGGUGUAUGGGGCCUAAAGAAAAAUUUUGCUCUUCUGGAACUAUUGGAGAGACUUUCCUUAUCCCGGUCUGAUGCUGUGCUCCUGCCUGAAGUACUCGUAAAGCAGCGAGAGCUCGGUAUAUCUUGUGAUGAGGAUGAAGAGCACUUAGCAGUCCUCUACUGUACAGUGUGUGCAUCUCACCUAUGCCUCGAGUGCUCUGAGCGUACCCAUGCUACCAAAACUCUUCACAAACAUAAACGCAUCCCAUUAUCUGAAAAACCUCGUGAGAAGCCAAGAUGUGCUGACCAUUCUUUUCAUCCAGUUGAAUUUGUGUGUUUAGAAGAAGGCUGUCAGUCAGCUCCAUUAAUGUGUUUCAUCUGCAAAGAUUACAAGCAUACAAAACAUAAGCAUAUAUUAUUAGAGCAAGAAGCUGAGAGGAUCCGUUCCACCAUCAAUACAGCCAUACAACACAUAAAGAGAGUAGCUCAAGAAUUAACUGAUUCAGCUCAUAAACUAGAAAGUGUAGCUAGACAGCUGGAAGGUUCCUCUGCUGAAAGUGGGUCGGUAGAAGUUGAUACAGGUGGAACUGCAGAGGAGGCACGAGCACGUGUAAGGCAGUAUUUUGCACAGUUGAGAGAUCAACUUAAUCGGCAGGAAACACAAGCUAUGACCGUCUUGGAUGCACAUGUUCGUGAAAGACUGUGCUCUAUACGCCAGCAACAAGAAGACAUGGCCACACUCUUAUCCCAGGAUAAUCGUAUCCACAUUGGAGCCAGAAUAGAGAUGCGUGUUGUAACUCUUGGUCUCGAUGGUGCAGGCAAGACAUCCAUUCUUUUUAAAUUGAAGCAGGACGAGUUUGUUUCAACAAUACCCACUAUUGGUUUCAAUGUUGAAACUAUAGAAUACAAAAACUUUAAAUUUACAGUGUGGGAUGUUGGUGGGCAACCCAAGUUGAGACCUCUCUGGCGACAUUAUUACUUCAACACACAAGCUGUCAUAUUUGUUGUAGAUGCGACAGAUGUUGACAGACUUCCUGAGGCGCAGUCAGAGCUCACUAAACUUAUGACAGAACGUGAAUUAAAGGAUGCUUCGCUUCUUAUCUUCGCUAAUAAAGAGAGCUGUGAGCAAGCAUUGGGGAUGGCAGCCUUGACUGACAGUCUGGGAGUUCACAAGCUGUGUCUUGGGCGGUCUUGGCACAUCCAGCCCUGUGAUGCCCAGUCUGGUACUGGAUUACACCAGGGUCUUGACUGGCUAGCACGCCAGUUGGUACCAUCAGAAGUUCUCAAUUCUGCUACAUGACCAUAUUUUCCCUAAAAUAUAAAAUAUUUAAAUAAACACAAUAUAAAAUUAAUAUAUACCUAUAUAUAGUGUGUGUGUGUGUGUGUGUGUGUGUGUGUGUGUGUGUACAUGUGUAUGUGUGUGUACUCACCUGAUUGUGGUUGCAGGGGUCAAGUCAUAUCUCCUGGUCCCACUUCUUCACCAGUUGCUACUAGGUCACUCUCUCCCUGCUCUGUGAGCUUUUUCAUACCUCUUCCUAAAACUGUAUGUGGAUUCUCUCUCCACUACACCACUUUCCAGACUAUUCCACUUCCUGACAACUUUAUGACUGAAAAAGUACUUCCUAACAUCCCUGUAAUUUAUCCGAGUCUUUAACUUCCAAUUGUGACUCCUUGUUGCUGUGUCCCAUUUCUGGAACAUUGUCUCUGUCCACCUUGUUGAUUCAUUUCAGUAUUUUAUAUGUCAUUAUCAUGUGUCCCCCAUAUCUCCUGCCCUCCAGUAUUGUUAGGUCAAUUUUUCUUAACCUCUCGUUGUAGGACAUGCCCCUUAUUAUUAUUAUUAUUAUUAUUAUUAUUAUUAUUAUUAUUAUAAUCAAAAAGAAGCGCUAAGCCACAAGGACUAUACAGCGCUGCAGGACAGGAAGGAAGCGAGGGCAUCAGGUGGCAAAAGGGAGAUGGAUGAGUAAUAGGUUACGGAGAACAGCGGGGCAGUGGAUGGUGAAAGGGUAAAGGGCAGCAAGAGAUUGAGCUAGAAAGGGUUGAGGGGAGUGCGAAAAGUAUCAUCAGAGUUUGUGGAGUAAAUCAGUCGUUGUCAAGAAGUCAAUGAGAGAGUCAGGAUUAAAGGAGGGUCCAUCAGCAAGAAGGGAAGAUAAAGAGAGAGUAGUAGAGCGGAGACGACGUUGGAGGUAAAUUCUGAGUGCUCGUUGAUAGAUAGGGCAGUCUAACAGAAUGUGGCUAAUCGAUACUGGAACUUGACACUGCUCACAGAGAGGAACAGGGUGCCUCUCCAUGAGAUACCCAUGAGUAAGACGAGUGUGGCCAAUGCGAAGGCGGGAGAGUGGUCUCCCAACCUCGGCACUGAUGACAAGAAGACGGCCAGUAACCUAUGUUCGGUUUAAUAGAAUGAAGUUUGUUACCGAGCAGAGUUGACCAUCGUUGUUGCCAACAGAUGUGAAGGUGGGUAGCUAUUACAACAAAAUAGUCCAGAAAUGGAACACCUCUAUAUGAAAUUGGUAGGUCAUGUACUGCUGACCGCGCAGCAGUGUCUGCCUUUUCAUUGCCCUGUACGUCGACAUGACCAGGGACCCAACAAAAAACAAUAUCUUUAUGCUUGGUAGAGAUAUGGCGUAGCCAAAGUUGGAUACGGAGAACUAGGGGGUGAGGUGUAUCAAAUUUUCGUACAGCCUGUAGAGCACUAAGGGAAUCUGAGACUACCACGAAUGAUGACACAGGCAUAGAUGCAAUACGAAUAAGUGCUGCAAGAAUGGCAUACAAUUCAGCAGUAAAAAGGCUAGCCGAAGAUAGUAAAUGCCUCCGCACGGCGCUGUCCGGAAACACUGCUGCGAAUCCGACGCCGUCUGAAGACUUAGAGCCAUCUGUGUACACAGCGAUGGCAUGAGAAUGAGAGUGGAAGUGAUCAAGAAAAAGAGAGCGGGAAGCCACCAUAGGCAGUUGGGCUUUCGAGCAAGGGAGUGAGAAAGAACAGACCCGAACAGCUGGAACUUCCCAGGGGGAUAGGGAAAAGUGAGAUGCUACAUGAACAUAUAAAGGUGGUAACUGAAGGGAAGACAAGAGCGAAUGUAGGCGAAGAGAAAAGGGACGGAGCAAACAGGGUCGGCGAACAAAUAAAGAAUGUCUACUAAUAUCGGUGACCAUUCUAUAAAUGGAAGGGAGUUCACGGCUGUCGAAAGUUAAUCGAGCCACAUAGCAAGGGUAAUGUCUCCGCCCGCGGGCAGGAAGGACAUAAGUGUCUACUUUGAGGAUUGGGAGAUCCUGGAGUUCCAGCUGUUCAAGAAUGUCAUUGCCACAUGACUGGAAAUUCUGUUGGACGAUGGUAUGGGGUAGAAUGACAGUACCACUACAGGAAUUGAGAGAGAGAGAUGUUUUUCAAUAGUGAUAGGAGUAGUAUCGAUAUGCGAAAGGAGAAAAAGAUCAUGAGCUUGGGUAGCAUUCUGGACAGUGACGAUGCGCGUACUGCUCUUGAGAGCAUGAAAUGAAAUAUCUCUACCAACAUGGCACAGGAGUGCUUUGCCAAUACUAUGGUCAGAAAGAUAGGCAGAAGAAGUCGGUCUUAAAGUAAAGAAUUUAGUCCAUUGUGUGGUCCGAAACUGAGCGUGGAGAGGGAGUGCAUGAUGUGUCGGUCUUUUCCAAGUAGAAUGGGAAGGUAAUGAAGGAACAUCAUCAGGAGAUUGUCGUUGGCGUUUAGGAGUAGGACCGGAGUUGGUCCAUCGUGAAAUGGGCUGGCGAUUCGAAAAUUGACGUACUGUAGGAGGAGAGGCCGGAAGCAUAGUCAAAGGAGAGCGGAGGUCAGACAAAUCGAAGGAGUCAGCCGAAGCCCCGGUACCUGAAGCAGGUGAGGAAACAGCACCAGCAAGAGGUACAGGGGCAUCAGGGGUGUCCGAAGAGUGGUCAAAAAACAAGGUAGGGUCAGAAUGGGGUGCGGUAUCAAGAAGGGACCUGGGGGUAGUGGGUUCAUGGAUUGGGUUCUCCAUGGUUAGGUUACUCCUUUGCAUUUUGUUUUUAAGAAAAACAGAAAAGAAAAUAAAAAUAAAAGAAUAAAAAAAAGGGGGGAGCGGGGAGGAAUAGUUCCCAGGAGGAACGUAAGGGCCGGAAAUCUCCCUCCUCGCCCAAGAGGACCUCAGCACCGCUAGUAGUGCAAAUGCAGCAUGGAACCCGUGCCAUACCCUACCCUUCAUGCCAGUAAACCAGCAAUCCGGGAUAGCAACCUCACAUCUGCCGAGCUACCUCGGUGGACAAAAGAGAGGGUGGCCGGAUAUCCGCCACAAAGCAUACCUCCUUCGGCCACCACCCCCGGAAUCCGAAAGGUGGCUUCCAGAGAUACACCCGUCACCCAAAAGACACCCAAAGCCACUCUCCGGGAUACCGGAGAGAGAUCGGGACUCCCCUGGCAUUCCAGAUUCCAUGGCAAACUACGCCAUCACCAAGAACCUCAAAGGAAUGGGAUGGACCCCGGUACCCUUUCCCCUACCUAGGAACUAGCGCGCCUGUGGGAAAAAUCCCAAAGGCCAAAAAGAGGAAGGGCAAAAGGGAGGGGUGGGGAGGGGGAGGAGGAAAGGGAAAAGAGGAGGAUGGAAUAGGGAAAGGGGGAUUGGGGGGUAAUUAGCCUCUUCACCACGCCAAGGAGCCCCCCUUGAAGAGGACAUGCCCCUUAGCUCCGGAACUAAAUCUCAUUGCGAACCUUUGCACUUCCUCUAAUUUUCUGACGUGUUUGGCCAGGUGUGAGUUUAAAACUGGUGCUGCGUACUCCAAUAUGGGCCUGACGUUUAUGGUAUACAGAAUUCUGAACGAUUCCUUACUGAGAUGUCGGAAUACUAUUAUUAGGUUUGCUAGGUGCCCAUAUGCUGCAGCAGUUAUUUGGCUGAUGUGCUCGGUAUUAUAUUCACCCCAAGAUCCCUUUCCUUGAGUGAGGUUUGUAGUCUUUGGCCCCAUAGACUGUACUCUCUGUGGUCUUCUUUGCUCUUCCCCAGGCACACUUCUGAAUCUAUUCCUUCCAUCAUGUAAUUCACAUAUGCCAGAAACAGCACUGGUCCUAGGACUGACCUCCUGUGGAAACCCACUUGUCACAGGCGCCCACUCGGACACCUCAUCAUGUACCAUGACUCUGAUGCCUUCCCGUCAUGUAUUUCUUAAUCCACUGCAGUGCCUUCCCUGUUAUACCUGCCUGGUCCCCCAGCUUUUGCAUUAACAUCUUGAGUGGAACUGUAUCAAAAGCUUUCUUACAGUCCAAGAAAAUGCAAUCUACCCACCCCUCUCUCUUUCUCUUGUCUUGCUGCUGUCACUUUGUCAUAGCACUCCAGUAGGUCUGUGACACACAAUUUCCUGUCCCUGAUUUUGUGGUGGUUGUAAUUGAUAAGCUCAUUCCUUUCUAGGUGUUCCACCACUCUUCUGAUAUUCUUCGCCAUGACUUUGCAUGUUAUACAUGUCAUUGACAUUGAUCUGUAGUUUAAUGGCUGCAUGUCUGUCUCCUUUUUUAAAAACUGGGACUACAUAUGCUGUCUUCCAUAGUAGCCCAGUUUCAGUAGUUGUGUUGAAGGUUGUUGUUAGUGGUACACAAAACGCCUCUGCUCCUUCUCUCUGGGCCCACGAAGAGAUGUCCGGCCCAAUUGCCUUUGAGGUAUUUUUGAGGCUGUGUGUGUCUGUGUGUCUGUGUGUGUCUGUGUAUGUCUGUGUGUCUGUCUGUCUGUCUGUCUGUCUGUCUGUACAUGCACACAAGCAAGCAUGUAUGAUGAGUCACCACAGUAUAUUUUGCAUAUAGAUGUGAACACUUAUGUCAGUCAACUAUUCAUCUUCAGGAGCAACUGACAGAAGAAAACAGUACAUUUAU